UUCUUCGGCGCGGAUGGUCGAAGCUUCGAUGUCAGCUUGUCGGCGUGAUUCCUCGUAUCUGUUGAUGUAAAAAACAUAAACAUUGACUUUUUCGUCCGAUUAUUUUCAUAUGGAUCAUGGGUUCCGGACUCUCAUCUACAUCAAGGGCAGCAGUGCGUCUGACCAAUGAUAAAUGUUACAGAACUGACUCAAAUCGGAAUCAAUUCAAAUUGGAGGCAGUGGUAUUAACUCACAGUGAAGUUGACAAUAUUUUGGAAGACGAAUCUCAAAGAACUGGAACCUACAUUUUAUAUGAAGACGUGGAAAAACAGAAAACAUAUUUAGCUUUCAAGACUUCCGACAAAAAAGUUGCACAUUAUCCAAUCGUGAAGAUGAAUGACUUGUAUUACUUCAAUGACUUUCCUUUCCCUUACUUAGAAUCCAUUGUGCUCUAUUACAAGAAGUACAAAUUCAAGGAUACCCGACUCACUAACCAGGCCUUCAUAGAACCUUAUUUAAGGAAGCAUCAAGCAAAACGCAAUUCAUCGCGGUCUCUCAUGACAUCAUCUACCAGCAACUUGAAGGAUGACACUGCUGAAAACGAGAAAAUGUGGACUUACGGCCAUUAUAAAUCACUUUCUACAAGAUUGUGAGAUAUGUUUUAAAUGCAUCGUAACAUCAUUAGUACAUAAAUCACGCAAACUUUCCUACAACAAAUGUGAUAUCAUUUUAUAAUGAACGAACAAUGCCAUCAAGGACUAUAAGUGAACUAAUCAUGAAGUCUCUCCUCUCAGAUGGCAAGAGCUGAAAGACAUGUGCGAAAAAGAAUCUGUUAUGGCAAAAAUAAUGAUUUUUUUAAUAUAUUUUGCUCGACAGAUGAAUUAAUGUUUCCUUCUCUCGGUUAUAAAAAAGACAAAAAAUGAUUGCGUUUCGUGAACUUUACCUAUUUACAUUUCCAAAUAAAUUGUGUAAAACUUGAGAAGGAAAAAGACCUUCGAUAAAGAGUACUUCUUAAUGUAUAUAUUGUUUUACGACUUGCAUUUUCUCAGAUGCAUAUUUUAAAUCAGGCAAGGUCAGAUUUUAUUAUAUUCAAUAUGAACGAGGUCCGUUAUGGAAAUGGACAAACUGUUGUGUAACAAAAUGGUUUGCUUUUGUACGUAUAUAUUUAUAAUAAAAUUUUUCCAAUU